GCCUCUUCUUUCUCUUCACUACCAACAUUGCAUCUCAGAGAGAGAGAGAGAGAGAGAGAGAGAUGGAGAAAGGAGUUAUAGCCGUUUCCGCCAUGGACGCCUUCGAGAAGCUGGAGAAAGUUGGCGAAGGGACCUACGGUAAAGUGUACAGAGCCAGGGAGAAGGCUACUGGAAAGAUCGUCGCUCUCAAGAAGACGCGUCUCCAUGAGGACGAAGAAGGUGUUCCUCCCACCACUCUCCGCGAGAUCUCCAUCUUGCGCAUGCUCGCUCGCGAUCCCCACAUCGUCAGAUUGAUGGAUGUGAAGCAAGGACUGAACAAAGAAGGGAGGACCGUACUAUACUUGGUCUUCGAGUACAUGGACACCGACCUCAAGAAAUUCAUCCGAAGCUUCCGCCAAUCCGGACAGAACAUUCCUUCUCCUACCAUCAAGUGCUUGAUGUACCAACUCUGCAAAGGAAUGGCUUUCUGCCAUGGCCAUGGAGUGUUGCACAGGGAUCUGAAGCCACACAAUCUGUUGAUGGAUCGGAAAGCAACUGCUAAAGUUCCCGAUUUCGGUUUUGGAAAUGGGGAACAGAUAUUGACUCUAUGGUACAGAGCUCCAGAGGUUCUUCUCGGAGCCACUCACUACUCGACCGCCGUCGACAUCUGGUCCGUCGGCUGCAUCUUCGCUGAAUUGGUGACAAAGCAAGCAAUUUUUGCCGGAGACUCUGAGCUCCAACAGCUUCUGCAUAUUUUCAGGUUGUUGGGUACUCCGAACGAAUCGAUCUGGCCGGGAGUGAGCAAUCUGAAGAACUGGCAUGAGUACCCGCAGUGGAAGCCUCUGAGUCUCUCCAUAGCUGUUCCUAACCUUGAGGAAGCCGGGAUCGAUCUCUUAUCCCAAAUGCUGCAGUAUGAACCCGCGAAAAGAAUCUCGGCCAAGAAAGCGAUGGAGCAUCCUUACUUUGACGAUCUUCCAGACAAAUCCUCACUCUGAGGACUCUGUUGUUAUUUCAAUAUUCUCAUUGUCAUUGCUCGUCUCAAGCAUAUAUCUCUCAAGACUUUCUUCCCUUUUGUUUCCGUACUGUAGGAUGGAAUGAUGUUUUAAAUUGGGUUUUGCUAAUUCCCAAUUAUGUGGCCGGCUAGUUUAGGCAUAUGAAGAAUAUAUUCCCCCUUUUAACA